AUGUCAGCUAUUGGUUCCGAGUUGGUGUCGAGCUACAAGCAGCUGUUAAAGGCGUUGGUACGUUCUGGCAAACGGACGCGAGUGCUGCAGGCGAAUGAAGACAUUAAGAAGAAAAUAGCCUUGGUAACAUAUGAAAAGAUACAGCUUGCUAGAGAACAGGCUCAAGUAAAGGGCUCCAAUGAGAAUAUUAAUUUAACUACUCGUAUGAUGAAGUUGAAUAAGGAAUUAGAACAGCUAAAGAAUAGUGAUCCUUCUAAGUCCAAAAAGUUCCUGUUUUACCCUCGAGCACGUGAGUUUAGAGAAACAUUACUGGAGCAGCAUGCUAGCGGAGAGACGCUACAAAGAAGAUCUCAGCAUAUGAAGGAUAUUGCAGCCUUUUUAGUUAACCAAAUGGAGUAUGAUGAACUGGUCGAACGUUACAAUCCCGGAAUGAAGAUGUCACAGGAAGAAAAAGUGAAGCGUACGGCGGCAAGGGUUGGGCUGCAAGUCCCAAAAGCUGAACAGUAA